AUGGGAGUCCACAAGUUGUGGGAAGUCAUUGGAGAAGGAAAGACAGUGAAUCCAAAAGACUUAAAAGGGAAAACGGUAGCUAUUGAUAUUGACGGUUUUAUAGUUCGGUCUGUUAGUGGUCGGAGGUAUGAAAAUUCCACUAAAGUCGCGCGGGAGUGUAUCAUACGCAUGUAUUGUAAGUGCCUUUAUUUUGGGAUCAAACCAGUCUUUGUUUUUGAUGGGAACACAAACACUUUUUUGAAGGAAAGUACACUAUCUAAGAGAAAGAAGCAAAGAAAGAACAUUACACGACAACGGUUAACAGAAACAUAUGACAAAGCGAUUUCGACUUUUAAAGACGAGGAUGUGACCGACAGCGACAACAAGGUAUCCACUCAUAAGACGAGUUGUGAGCAAGAUAAGUAUGAUGCGAUGUAUACAGAGACGGUCAAGAAGUCGAAGGAGAUUGAGGGCAAAUACGUCAGCCAAAUCAAGUCGAUGGACACCAACUGGAAAACUUUUGGGAUACACCAACUUGAGAACAGAAUUGUAGUUGGGGAUCUUGAAAGAAAGAAGGGGGUCAUCAGAAGAGAGCAAAUAGAGAAUUAUGUUCCGAUGAGUAAAAAAAUGGAGGACUGGGACGUGUUCUCAGUAAAUGAAGAAAUGUAUCACUCAAUGAUCGAAUCGUUUGUAAGUCAGGAAUCGGUCGUUGAAAAGGAAAGUGACUAUACUACUUUAACAUCACAGAUGGAAGAUAUAAUCAGUGGAUGUGCGAGAAUGAAACUGGAAAAGAAGGGUGAAGAGAUACAACUAGAACAGACUCAAUCUACUAUUAAGAUAGAGUCUAAUAAAAUUGUUAAUUAUGAAACUAUAAAGAUGGACGAAGGAAAAGAUGACGUCAAUCUUUAUAGUUUCAUUGACGUUCCAACAGAACAAACUCAAUCAAAGCAGAUUGAUUUUGACCAAUCCAUAUUGUCAUUAUAUGAUGAAUUGAGUGCAAUUGAAAGUACUCCAGUUCAACAAAACGCACAAGAAAAACCACAAGAGGAACUCCUUGUUUCGUUUCAACCACAAGAUCGACCAUUUAUAACUGGAAAAAAGGUGUCAAAAGUUCAAGUCGCGUCAAAGGAAAAAGUCAUAAAAGUUAUAGAAAAAAACCUUAUUGAAAAAAUAGAAAACGGCAAUGGUGUCAAUCACAAUAACUCACAAAAAGAUAUUUUUGUGAAUGUUGAGACAAAAAAAUCUGAUGAGAUGAACAUAUCUCCCCCCAAACAAGAAUCAUUAACAAUAGUAAAAGAAACUAAAGAAAUAGUUCCAUCAAAAGAAAUGGGCAAUUUGGAUACAAACACGGUUCAACCUCAAAACGAUUUAGUCGGGGUUGUUGUCAACGACCAAAUGAUGAGUCUUGAGGUUCAAAACGUAGUUUUUGAGAUGGUAACUGCCCUUGAGAUUCCACAUGUUUUUUCCCCAUGGGAAGCGGAGGCGCAGUGUGCGUAUUAUAACAAAACGAAGAUGUGCGACUAUGUAGCUUCGAACGACUCGGACGUUUUUGUUUUUGGGGCCAAAAAUGUUAUUCGGAAUUUUUUGAUAGAUGGGGAAGUGGCAACAAUCCACACUGCCAAUUUAACACAAGAAAAAUAUAUCUUUUUGGCAUUACUUUUGGGAAGUGAUUUUACUGAAGGAGUUGGUAAAGUUGGACCGAAAAGGGCUAUUCAAAUUAUAAAAAUGUUUGAUACGCCGGAGCAGUUUGCAAAGGUCAUGCACGUAAGUGAUACUUUCACGAGUUUUCCAAGCAAAGAUGUGAAUAGUUCUAAAGGUGAAGACAAGAAGAGUGUUAUGGAGGAAAUGAGGAACGAGAAAGACAUUGCAAGACUUUACAAAAAGGACAUUGAUCAAUUGAAAAAUGUUAUAACUCUGAAAGACACCUUUCCGGACCAACAAGUUAUUAAGGCAUAUCUCCACCCAAACAUUCGAGAGGAACAAUUGAUUCUCACUUCUCAAUAUUCCAAAGAGAAGCUUCAAACGUACGCCAAAGAGAAGUUGGACUGGAAUGAGCACAUGCUUGCGAAGUACUUUGCGUCUCUCUAA